AUGCCUGUAAGACCAACGAGAUCGUCUCUGAAGUCCGCACCUGUGUCUGCUAUUGAUGAAUCAAUCACAGAUCGCCAAACUCGACGUGUGUCAUUUGCGCCUGUCAUAUCUGUUUGUGGUAUGGAAGAUAAAAUUUUACCUGGUUCAUUCUCAGGAGAUGGUGCAGAAAACGCUCAGUCUUGCGAUAUUACGCUGGAAUAUGAGAAUGCUUCCGUUGGGGACACCUCUGACAUGUCCUUGUCAGACUAUCCUUUGUCAGAACCGGGGAAACCUCUCGGCGUGCUUCCCAUGGCGAAUGAGACAUGGGAACUCUCCGUUUCUAGUUUACUUUGCGAUACCCCGAAAAAUGUAUCAAUUCUAGAUGUCUCCGAUAUGAUUCAGGAUUCUUCACCUCCAACAUCUGUCCAAGGGAGCUUUGAUUCUCCUGCAUCCCGCUCACCAUAUGCCAUUGAACACCAAGGAAUAUCUCCGCAUUUGGCCGAAUCUCCUAAACAGCCCAUGUCUGAAGGUUCUUCCAUCAGUGUUGCUUCUGUCACUCCCACAAACUAUCCUGCACUCGAUUCGAGUUCAGAACGAAAACUACCAAAUCAUAGUUGUCUUCCAGACCACCGCGUGAGUUCAAGUCUGCCUCCCUUGCGGCGUCAUCAAAGCAUGCUAACCGCUGGACUCCUUAUCCCAAAAUCCGACUAUUCGGUAAUAUCGGACGGGAAAUCACACUCCGGUUCACGAGGGACAAAAGGCACGUUCAAUACUACCGGUCAGCUAUUAUCGCAAAGCUUAGCCAAUACACCUUUGCGUCAAAUCUCACCAACAAUUGCAGCGCAUAAUGAUCAGCAAAGCAACCCAUUGUCAAUUUUCAAUAAUGGUGGUCGCCGUGAUCCAAGCCGUUUCCUACCAAGUGUGGAUCGCUUACAUAGUCACGUGCUGAGGUUAUCCGCCCGUGACCUUAAUCUUCAGCUUCCAAGCUUCGGUGUAGCACCAUCUUCAUUGAGAGACUUCCUGGAUCGUCAUCCAUGCGACCCUGCCGUCCCAUCACAGUGCUCUCUGUUUCCGAAUAACCUUAAUGAUCUGAAACAUCUUCAACCUCAUCUAUACGAAGAAUUUCUCGAACUUCGAAGUGCUGUGGAACGAUCUUGCACUGAGAGAAUUUCGCAAUACACGGAAAUGGCUCAUUGUCGUCGGUCUGGUGUGCUGCUUGACCACUCAAAAUCCCUCCCAGUUGUAAAGCAGCUGCGUAACAUGAGUAGCGAUGAACUCACUACUUUCUUGGCGGAAGCUCACGAGAAGUUGUACGUCGCUGAACUUUGCGCUCGACAUGCUUUGUGUGAACUGAAAAACGCCGGUCUCGAAGAAUACCAGGCGGAACAGAAGUAUGAACUGGAUCGAAUCGAAGAGUUGCUUAGAAGAUUGGAUCGUGAUGAAUUAUUGUUGCAGCGUACCGCUGCACAAUUGGACUCAGACUUCAGAGCAUAUCAGCUAGUGGAGUCCUCUUGGACAGAUUGCAAGAAACGAUCGGAAACACUGGCAGAGGAAACCAAAACGCUGGGUAAUGCUCUGCGUGAUGUACUUGCCGAGGGUGAGCGUUUGACUAGCUGUUUGAGAGAAUUUCCUAAGCACAAUUCGGAUCCAACUUGUGCAGGCCUCUCGCCAGUUGACCGCACGGUCGGCGCAAGUGUUCUAUUCCCCUCCCCAGUCGCACAUUCCCUCAGAAAUCGACCAACUAUGGACAGCGGAAAUGCGGACCCUUCACAGGAUGGGACCGCGAACCUCCUCCUCCCAUGCACCAUCGAUUGCUUGUCAUUCGAGGAACAGAAAUAUUCCCUGCGGACUCUCUUUGGCCUUAUAGCAUUCCAUGUUGUUUGUAACAGUGUUCAAUCAAUAAUUCAAGGAAAGCAAAAGUCGUCAUUUAUCUCCUUGGAAAAUUUGAUCGUUGCCGAAGUGGAAUGCUGUGCUCCACCAUCGCAUUUGCUUCCCGCCGAAUGCGAGCCUGUUCAAGCGUUCGCCGAUCACACCAUCAGCUUCUUUAAUUCUCGCGAUGGCCGCUCCAGACUCCGUGCACUCCUAAUAGGAGUUCAGCUGAGUAAAGUGAUCAAGCUCGUUGAAUUUUUCAUGUCACCAUAUCUGGUACUUGCGGCCGAUUUGAGAGCUAUGUUCUGGGCGGGAAGUGAAGUUCGCUUCUCAGCGUCUUCGAACACCGAUCUACCAUCGCAGAAGGUUCUACACCGUUCUCUUUCAAAGUCCACAUUGAAUGAACCCAGUCAGUGCCGCUCUUUCGCUGGUCUGGACAGUCUUCCAUCCGAUCGCAUCAUACCCACUGGUCCAAUCAGCAUCACUGUGACCGUUUUCAGCCCGGACGUUUAUUCGGUCGUUUGUCUACAAUUUAUAUUCCCUUCUAUUGAAGUUGACGUCGCUGUUGACACUGUUACUUCGGCUACCGUCCUCUUUGGUCCGAUCGACUCCGAACAAGUCCGAACCUUUUUGGAUGCUCGUAAACCAUUUCCUGGGGGCAUGUACCGGACUGUGUGUGAAUUGCUCAACUUACUCCCUUUGUGGAAAAACUAACAAUUUUCGGGAUAAUCGCACGUCAGAGUGUCUGU